AUGGCAUCAUCUUCCCAUGAUCAUAUAGAUGAUACCAUUGAUGAAUGCAUUGAUAAUGUAUGCGAUCAAAUUUACGAUCAAGCGAUGGAAAAUAUUUUAAGUUACAAUGGUGGUCAUCAAGAAGCAACGAAGCCAAAGAAAAAGCGAGCACAUGUUGAAAGAAAUCGUGAAGAAGGACACAACCGCUUGUGGAAUGAUUAUUUUUGUGAAAAUGCAACAUACUCUCCACGAAUAUUUCGUCGUCGUUUUAGAAUGAACAAGCCCUUGUUCAUGCGCAUUGUUGAUCGACUCUCAAGUGAAAUGUCAUUCUUUCAACAAAGACGAGAUGCUACUGGAAGGUUUGGUCUCUCUCCAAUACAGAAGUGUACAUCGGCAAUUCGUAUGAUGGCAUAUGGAAGUGCAGCUGACGCGCAAGAUGAAUACAUUCGCCUUGCUGAAACCACUGCGAUUUCAUGCUUGGAAAAUUUUGUUCAAGGAAUCAUAAACUUUUUUGGAGAUGAGUACCUAAGGAGACCCACACCAGCGGAUCUUCAACGACUACUCGAUAUUGGAGAGAUGCGCGGAUUUCCCGGGAUGAUAGGAAGUACAUUAAACGAUAUCAAUGUUCUUGAUCGCUCACCAGUUUUUGACGAUAUUUUACAAGGUUGUGCUCCUAAGGUGAAUUAUACUGUCAACGGGCACCGCUAUAAAUUGGCCUACUAUCUCACCGAUGGGAUUUAUCCAAAAUGGGCUACUUUUAUCCAAUCUAUUCCCCUUCCACAAACUCCAAAGGCAUCCUUAUUUGCUACAUAUCAAGAAGCUGUUCGUAAAGAUGUUGAACGUGCUUUUGGAGUCUUGCAAGCUCGAUUCCAUAUAGUAAAAAACCCGGCUCUCAUCCAUGAUAAAGAAAAAGUUGGAAAGAUAAUGAGAGUGUGUAUCAUACUACACAAUAUGAUAGUAGAAGAUGAACGUGAUGGGUACACGCAGUUUAAUGUUGCAGAAUUCGAACAAACACAAUCAAACCGAACUUCACAUGUGGACUACACACUUCCUACUGCGAGGCUUUCAAACAUCACCGAGAUGAUGAUCACGCGAAAUGAAGUUCGUGAUAAAAGAACAAAUGAACGCUUGCAUGAUGAUUUGAUUGAACAUAUAUGGCAAAAGUUUGACACAAAUCAAGGUUACAAUCAGGAUUACAACUAA